UUAUAUGGUGCACUUACCUUUUAUGGUGCACUAUUAGCAUAAAAUUUAGAACUACAUUAAUGUUCUUGAUCUUGUAGCAGACAGUGUGUGAAAGACUUUUACAUCCCAUAUUUUCACUAGGUUUUUAGUCUAUUUGGGGAAAGGAAAAAGGGGUAACAGGAUGAUGAACUUAAAUUUCUUACUUAUAAUAAACUAAAGUACAGAGAUGCAAUGGGCAUUAAACAAAGCAAAAGAGGGAAGGCUGUAAGAUGCUUAGGAAAACAAGUUUCAACACAAAUUAAACUUGGAAUCUCAAUGGCACAGAGAAAAUGGUUACAGUGCAUAGGGUUAUACCCAAGUUGUUAGCACACACACAAACACUGGAUGCUUCACCAUUAGUUCAUAAAAAGCACUGUCCACAAAGACAUCAUUAUUAUUGACACAGGGCAACAAAGAUAAUACCAUUAAGUUGGGUGCAGACACAACAGAAUGAGCCACAACAACUAGGCAAAAUAGUUGAAUAAAUAAAUCACAAAAGCAAAAGAGGAUAAUUUUUCACUUGAGAAAUUGUAAGAGAGGUUUAUAAGCUGUUGACAAAGAUAACAGUGGCAUUUCAUUACAUGGAUGGGGAUUAUAUUAAAAGUACAAUAAUACCUCAGUUUAAGAGUGCCUUAGUUUACGAGCGUUUUGAUUUACGAGCAAAAGAAAAUUACUAAAAAUGCCUUGGUUUACGAGCGGUGACUUAGUGUACGAGCAUUCUGUUUGUACAAGUCGAAGACGGUAGCGUGAGUUCCCUUUAUUCGACACAAGACGAGGGCGCUCAGAGCGGAAAACAAUGGUAAUGGGGUCUCAAGCUGGUGUCACACUGGGCCUUUAUCCUCCAACCACAUUGACGGUAGGCUCAACUGGCAUCUCCAACUUUUCUUGGUGAGCGUCACAUACAACCAAUGUCGGUUGCCCAUAUCCACAAUGUAAACAAAGCAGUUGCUCUGUAUCCAUAUGGUGCCAGCUACAGGAGUAAGGGCUGUUGUGGCUUGUGCUGCUGUUACUUAAAUUGUGGACUUGUUGCUACAGUUAAAUGUAAGGAAGAAGUGUUGUGGGCACCAUCAUGGCUUCAAAGACAGGAGGACAGGAAUAUAUACCCUAACCAACAACUCGCUCCCGGUUGGGUGUACAGCCAACCAUGGUUGCUCCUAGUUCCAACAGUUGUAGGAAAAUGCCCAGUGUGACACUGCCUUAGUUCGCGUUGAACACUUGCAGAGGUACCACCGCGCAUUCACGUCCGCAUACGUUUGUGCUCUAGUGUAUCUUUGUAUUUUCACCACUACAAUAUUCAUAAUAAUACUAUGUAUAUUAUUUAUAUUAUUUACAUUAAUAUACUAUAUUUUAUAUAUUAUUUAUCAUUGCUAGUUGUUUGGUGAAAAGCUUUUAUUCUGUAUAAAAUAACAUGUAAAAUUAUUUUUCUAUUAAGAUUUUUUGGUAUAUGGGAUUCAUUAAUGGGAUUCCCAUUAAUUUAAAUGGGGUAAUUUGUUUUGGUUUACAUGUGUUUUGAUUUGCGAGCAAAAUUUCGUAACCAAUUAAACUCGUAAACCGAGGUAUGACUGUAGCUCUAAUUCACCCUUAGUUGGAAAAGGCAGCAGUAAUAUCAAUCAGUCAGUAGGGGGAUAUGUUGUCUUGUCCAUCAUACGAUGCCAAACCUGGGGGCUCCUACGGGAAAGUUUCCAUUACGGCUCCUUUCCCAUCCUGAGUACCCCAUGGCAGGAUUUACUGACUUGAUCAAGCCACUCACAUUGUGGGCAUCCACUUGGUAUCCUCAGCAUGGUAUUGUCUCUAAGGUGUGAUUUCAGCAAGGCAACAUUUUGGCAGUGUGGCAUGCUACAUUGUCGCAUAGGCCGAGCAUGUUCUAACCAGUUCAGCACAAGGCAUUAACUAAUGUAGCAUAUGCAACAAAGGGCAACACGUUCUCCAUAGAAUGUGACACAUGCAACAAAAUUUUGGCAGUAGCCUAGUGUUGCCUGCCUUCCCACUAGUUGUGUGAAGAAUUUGAUGUUGAAAGCAAUAAGAUGAAUUGGUCUCAAGAAAAAAACUUAAAAUCUAUAAAACAUAGAAAACUUAUGACUUGUGGCUUGAAAGAAUACAAAAAUAACUAGGUUAAACUAGAUGCUUAAUGGAAAUUAACCAAAAGAUUUGUUUGUGACAUACCCUGGGACUGAAUAUGCUGUGAAGUGGGGUGGGGGGCAUGUUCAGCUUCUUUCCCAAAAGAUAAGAAAGAGUUGGGAGUGACAUUACAUGACAACCUUUCCCCAGAGAAGCACAUAAACCAGAUAACUGGAGAAUGUUUUAGGUUGGUGACAACACCAAAAUGGCACUUAACAACAUGAAUGAAGAGAUGCUAAGAAUGUUGAUAACAUCAGUGUUAAGAUAAAGACUAGAAUAUGCAGCUAUGGUGUGGUCAUCUCAUUUGAAAAAGCACAAAUACAAGUUGGAAAAAGUAUAGAGUAGCAACAAAAAUUAUACUAAGUUUAAGAGAAUUACUAUACAAUCAAAGACUGCAAACUGGAAUUGCUUACACUGCAUGAAAGAUGAGAGAGUGGGGGCGUAAUCAUGGUAUUCAGACUCGUUAAAGGCCUGGAGCAUGUGGAUAGGGGGACGUGAUGGUAAGAGAUAGUGCAGUGGUUCCCAGCCUAUUUUGUCCCGUUCCCUCUUUUCCAGUCAUUUUUUCACCUGUAGACCCCUAUAAUGAAACAAGUUAAGACAGCAAAAAUAAUAAAUUACUGCAAAAAUGAAUUCAUUCAUGUAAAAUGCCUUGCAUUGUUAUGCUGCUUAAGCUGUAGGCCUGUUUAUAUGAAAGCAGAUGUUCCAUUCAGCAGACUAUAGACCCCUUGAAAUUCUUCCAUGGACCCUUUGUUGGGAACCACUGGAAUAGUGGAAGGACAAGGGGACACGAACAUAUACUGAGGAGAACAAGAUAGAAAAAGGACAUAACAAUUAAAAUAGCUUCCCAGUUGGAAAUGUUAAAGCAUGGAAUAAACUGGAUGAGGAGACAAUUGGAGCUAAGAAUAUCCAUGAAUUUAAUUUAUGCAAAGUUUUAGACAGGGAAAAAUAUGGAGGUAGGACAAUAUAAGCUUAGCUCACAUCCUAUUUAUUAUAACUAGGUAAAUAUCAGUAAACACACACACACACACAUGGACAUAGUUUAUUUGAUAUUUUAUAGUAAUUAAUGUGUAUUUUUUUUAUGUCAAAGUAUUGAAGUAUGCAAUCAAGUCUAGUCUAAAAAAAAAUUUCCUUUGUCAAAAAGCCACUUGUUAAAAGGUUGGCACUAAGGAUUUUUGUGAAGCCUGGUAGUUAGCACCUUUCUUUAAAUAGUAUGGAAUAAUUCUGUAUGACAGAAUUACAAGCAUACACUACCUAGUUAUACAUCCUAUUUGGAACAGGGAUUCCUUAGUUUCAUUAAAAUUAAAACUAUAAAAGUUACCAUUUGUCUUAGCAGAAGACGAACUUACAGCCUUAUUACUUGCAUGGCUGUGUUUAUAUUUCCACCUUGCUCACUAUGAUGUAGUGGAUUAGGGUCAUAGUAAUUUUGCCUAGUUUUAUAAAAUGGAUGUCAUGCAGAACUUUCCUUUAAUUAAUAUUUUGCCCGUGAAUUAGAAUAACCUUUUAUUUAUAGAUUCCUCUUAACCCAACUGGAUGGCUUAAUGACUUGCAUGGUUUCAAGCACAACUGAGAGACAUCUCAAGGGCAGACCACUUAAGAUGUAUGCAAGGAAGAUUAAGGAACAGAUACCAAUCCGAGCUUUAGCCUGCUUGACAAUAGCAUCCAAACUUACAAGUCACAAGAGCCAGUUUGCCUCCAAGCUGAUCCCCUGUGUUCCAUGGCUCAAGGCUCAGCCAAAGGACAUCUGCAAGUCAGAAGCACAGAUCCUAAAGCAGCUUGGGUUCAAGUGCUGCAAGACUUCUACACUAGACUACGUUGGGUUAGCAGUGUCUGUGGCAGGACUGUUGCAUGGUGGCAAUAAUCCCUUCAUCAAUAAGAUUAGGAAGAUGUCCUUGGAAAUUCUGUUGGCUGAGAGUGUCCAUGAAACAGCAGUUGAGUUGCUAGAUUUUGUGUGCCUUAACCGAGAGAGGGUCUAUGACAGUUUAUGUCACUCCCUCACAUGCCAGCCCCCUAGACGUUCAGCCCAUUACCAGGCCAGGUUUGCACGAGUUCUGGCUGAUCGCAUGCUGCUGGCAGGGUCAGUUGUAACAGCAGCAGCGGUGGUGCUGGGUGGGCAUAAGGCUGCUGCUGCCAUGGUGGCUUCCAUGUGUGUUGUCCUCCCAGUCACCCAUAGAGAUCUCCUCACUUUUGCAAGCUGUGUGUUGGAGUGUGUCAACCUUCCCAUGCCUCUUUGUAACUUGCUAAGAGGAAAAGAAAUCCAAACAGGAAACCAGAAACUUCCCUUCAACCAUUUGACAAAAAAAAUUCAAAGAGAUAUCAACUAA